CGGCUGGUGUAAAACGAGAGUUACGGGAAUGUAAUUUCAAUGUUUUAUGAAAUUUGAUGUUUUUAAAGAUUAUUAACCAUAAUAAAAUAUGCAUUUUCAUUUUGCAUACCUAUUUUUUUAAAAUUUUAUAUAGUAUACAUGAAUUAGGGCCCCGAUUUAAGUUUUUGCCCCAGGCCACCGAAAUCUAAGAAACGGGCCUGCAUAUUACCACAAAAAAUGGAAACGAAUUUUGGAAAAUUAUUUCAGGAAUUUUACCCUACACCCUAGUGUAGGGUGUGUUGCCUACACCCCCCCUAUGCUACGUCGUUUUGUAGCUGGUAUUGAGUUCUCAUGUGCAGCUUCUUUCCUUUUGCGAUUCUUUCCUUUUUUUUUUCCUUUUUUUCUUUUUUUCUUUUCUUCCUCUUUUUUCCUUUUUUCUUUGUUUCUUAUUAUUCAAUUUAUGUAUAUAUAUGAUUUUAAACCCUAUUUUUUCUCUCUCUUCAAUUGAUCAACCUCCAUUUUUGAUCUACAUUUUUCUCUCGCUACUUCAUCUUCUUCAUUUGAUUUUUUGAACGAACUCGUUAAUUGUUACCGAUCAUCAAUGGCGAAUUCUGCAUCUGGAGAUUGCGUUGAUUUUGAUCGUGAUUGCGAGCGUGUGUUUCCUUCUGGACUUCGUUUGGUUGAUUCGUUUGUGCAACAAUUGGAAAAAAAUGAUGAUAUUAUGUAUUUAGAAGCAGAACAGUCUGAAUUAAAGGAUAAAGAAUUUAAAUCUGAAGAUGAAGCUUUCGAAGCGUAUAAUGAAUAUGCUUUUAGGAAAGGUUUUGGAAUUCGAAUUGGGAAGAGUAAGAGAAGAAGAGAUGAUUCUUUUUUGAUGAAAAGAUUUGUUUGUUGUAAUGAGGGAUUCAAAGAUAAUAAGUGUAAGAAUAAAAGGAUUUAUGAGAAGUUGGAUCAUCGAACUGGUUGUUUAGCUUUUGUGCAGUUUCAUAUUGAUCAUUUAGGGGUCUAUACAUGUACAAGACAUGAAAUGGUUCAUAAUCAUGCUAUGAUUCCUCCUGAAAAAAGGCAUUUGAUAAGGUCUCAAAGAGAUGUGAAUAAAGAGCAGCUUCUUUUCAUUUCAACAAUGAAAUUGAGUGGAGUCAAAGUUACUGAUUCUUUGAGGGUUCUAAAGAAGGAGGUUGGGGGAUCUCCUAAUCUUUGUUUUACUGCUUCUGAUGCUUAUAAUGCAUUGUCAUCUGAAAAAGCUGCCCAAAUUGAAGGAUGUGAUAGUAACCAAUUGAUUAAAUAUUUUGCCAAGAGACAUGUGGAUGAGGCAGAUUUUUAUUAUGAUUUUGAACAAGAUGAUAGUGGUGCUUUAGUUAGUUUUUUUUUUGGCGUGAUGGUAGGAUGAUGAGAGAUUAUCAUUACUUUGGAGAUUUGUUGGUUUUUGAUACAACUUAUAGAACUAAUAAAUAUGGAAUGAUAUGUGCUCCAUUUGUUGGGAUUAACCAUCAUGGUAACAAUGUCAUGUUUGGUAUGGGUUUUAUUAUUAAUGAGCGCACCGAGUCUUUUGAUUGGUUGUUUGAUACAUUUUUGCACUCAAUGGGGAGGAAAAGUCCCAUUACAAUUAUGACUGAUCAAGCACAAGCGAUUGCAGCGGGUAUAA